AUGAGAGAGAUCAUCUACAUCCAAGCAGGCUCGUUCGCAAACUACACCGGAACGCACUUCUGGAACGCACAGGAGAGCUAUUUUACCUAUAACGAUGACGAUGAACCCAUCGUAAACCACGACCUUUCAUUUGAAGAGGGACGCAGUCCUCAGAACCAGCCAACGCUUUGUCCACGUCUGCUGGCGUUCGACCAGAAGUCAAAUUUCGGGACACUUGCAAACACGAACAAAACUGAUACAGCUACUGAUGCUUCACUUAAUACGACCUGGCGAGGAGGGGUAGUUCGCGAAACGCAGGAUCCAAUUCCUCAAAGCGAAUAUCACGCUCGUCUUGAAGGUGAUACGGAAGAAGAAGGCGAUCUGGCACGCCCAGACCCAAAUGUCAGAUAUUGGUCGGAUUAUAGCCGCGUUUUCCUUGAUCGGAAAUCUAUACAAGCCAUCCCUGACGCAAUGGAAAGUACCGAGGCUGGGUGGAGUGUUGGUCAAGAGCUCUUUCGGCGAUACAACGAGGAUACAGAGCUCAUGGAAGGGGCCUUUCGUCUGCUCGUCGAGAACUGCGAUAACUUCCAGGGAUUGCAAAUGAUGCAUGAUACAGCCACCUUUGGAGGGUUUUCGCAUGCUUUUUUGACUUCCUUCCGUGACGAGUUUCUCAAGGCUUCUACGCUCAACUUUAGCUUCCUUUCGAACGCAGAUCCGAAUCACGCUGGCAUUGACAAUUCUCUCGACACGAAAAGAAUCAUCAACGAUGCAUUGUGCUUGCAAAGCCUCCAUCAGCUCUCGGAUAUCACUUUCCCCGUAUUAAAUCCAUCUCGAUGGUCUACCUUGGAAAGUACCUUAUCGCAGGAACUUACCUAUGACAGAAACAGCCUGUAUCAUACGUCUGCGGUGAUCUCGUCGCUGGUAGAGACUGCUACGCUGCCCCUGAGGCUAAAAGGCAGUCGGGAAGACAUCACAGUGAUCGCUGACCAUUUGAACUGGCGGAAAUGUUCUCGGUUCGGACAACUGGGAGGCAUAGUUUCCCUACCUAUUCCUGCGACAGAAACUACAUUCACCAAUCUGCACUGCAACUUCUCGACUGGCGAUGAGCAUACAGUCUUUGCGAGACGAAACGUAACUCGAGGUUUGCUGGGCCAAGACCUGACAGCAUUUGAUGCAUGGUGCAACUUGUCAUCGCUACAGGAACCUCUGAUCUCCAGCAUCCAUGCACCUGCUUAUCCCGUGCCGACAUCUUUUCCAUCUAUAUUUCGCCACACUAAGCCAACAUCGAUAAGGAUGAUUUCAUCUCUCGUCACAGCACCUUCUACAUCAAUCCCGCUCACGGGGUAUGCUAGGUUUGUGGAACAGACUGCAAGGACGCGGAGGAGUGAUGGGGUGCUUAUGAGUAUGGGCCUGGAGAGCGAUGAUGUGAAAGAGCUUGCUAGUGCGUUGUGGGAGAUUGUCGAUGGCUAUGGGAAUGAUAGGAUGGACGAAGGAGAUACCUGAAACACAUCAUGGUAUUCAGCGAGUCCAUGACAGCCUAAUAAGAACAAGUGGUAUAAGAGUACGUAGAUAUAGAACCGUACGGAUGUGAAGGGUAUGCAGUGAACAAAUCCUCGUAUACGUAUCUCAGCAAUCGGGCAAUCUAUAUCUAUUGUCAUCCCACGUCAGGUUGAUGUCCG